UUUCAACUUUUUAUGAAGUUGAUAAACAAAAACACACAAAAAUAGUUUGUAUUUACAUCUUGGGCUGCUGCAUUAAUACAGGCUGAUGAGGACACCAACAGGUGCCGUAGUGGACAGAUAGACCCCACAUGCUGCUUCCCCCACCUCUGUUUUGAAUAGCAGAGGGGCGUGGCUUAAGGAGGAAGCCCAUUCUUAUAUAUGUGUGUGUGUGUGUGUGUGUACGACAGAAGGUGAUGCAACGUCCAACAGAAUUAGCCGUAAAUUUGAACUUUAACUAGAGUCAACCACGGAGAGAAGACGGUGAGCUCACUUCUACGCAUAGAAAAGUUUCUGGAUUAGGGCAGAAUUAACACAAAGCAGCAACGCCACUCCAGCUACACUUGCAGAAGACGGAGGGGAAACCGAGACGGAGAGCCUGAAGUGACAGCGUGAAGAAACUUCGAGCGAGCCUCGGGGGGGAAAAAAGUUCUGAGUCCAUCCCGGACGGAAGACGCUGACACAGAGAGAGAGCAGCAGAGAGCCGGAGGAUCUUCGCCGCCAAGGUCCUGAAGCAUGGAAGAGAAGCAGUUUGCUGGGAUCCUGAAUGGAGCAGUUCCAGGAGAGCCGGUAAAGAAGGACGAAAACACCCGAAGAGGGAACUGGGGCAACCAGAUUGAGUUUGUGCUCACGAGUGUGGGCUAUGCUGUGGGCCUUGGCAACGUCUGGAGGUUUCCCUACCUCUGCUACAGAAAUGGAGGAGGUGCCUUCAUGCUACCGUACUUCAUCAUGUUGGUCUUCUGUGGCAUUCCUCUUUUCUUCCUUGAGCUUUCCUUUGGGCAGUUUGCCAGCCAGGGGUGUCUGGGUGUGUGGAAGAUCAGCCCCAUGUUCAAAGGUGUUGGCUAUGGCAUGAUGGUGGUGUCCACCUACAUUGGGAUCUAUUACAAUGUGGUCAUCUGCAUCGCCUUCUACUACUUUUUUAUGUCCAUGACAAACCUGCUGCCCUGGACCUAUUGCAACAACCCCUGGAACACGCCGGACUGCACCGGCGUAGUGGACAGCAGCUCCAAAAUCAACAGCAGCCUCGCCAACGCAACCACCAGCCUGGUGGCAGGGGUGUCUGAAGUCGUCAACCGCACCAAGAGGACCAGCCCCAGUGAAGAAUACUGGAAACACUAUGUUUUAAACAUCUCGGAUGAUAUUGGAAACUUCGGAGAGGUCCGUCUCCCUAUCUUGGGCUGCCUGGCUAUCUCCUGGUUCGUGGUUUUCCUCUGUCUCAUCAGGGGUGUCAAGUCCUCUGGAAAGGUGGUAUACUUCACAGCCACGUUCCCGUAUGUCGUUUUGACCAUCCUGUUCAUCCGCGGCAUCACCUUGGAUGGAGCCAUAAAUGGAAUUAAGUACUACCUGACUCCACAGUGGCAGAAGGUUCUGGAUGCAAAGGUGUGGGGAGAUGCUGCUUCACAGAUCUUCUACUCUCUGGGUUGUGCCUGGGGGGGUCUCAUUACUAUGGCUUCCUACAACAAGUUCCACAAUAACUGCUUCAGAGACAGCAUCAUCAUCAGCAUAACUAACUGUGCGACCAGUGUGUAUGCCGGCUUUGUCAUCUUCUCCAUCCUGGGCUUCAUGGCGCACCACCUGAACGUCCCCGUGUCUGAGGUGGCCGACCACGGUCCCGGUCUGGCUUUUGUGGCUUACCCCGAAGCGCUCACCCUGCUGCCCAUUUCUCCACUCUGGUCCCUGUUGUUCUUUUUCAUGCUCAUCCUUUUGGGACUGGGAACUCAGUUCUGUCUGUUGGAGACCCUGGUAACGGCCAUCGUGGAUGAGAUCGGCACCGACUGGAUCAUCCGAAACAAGACUGUGGUCACGCUCUCUGUGGCCGUUGCUGGUUUCCUGCUGGGGGUGCCUCUGACAACACAGGCUGGAAUCUACUGGCUGCUGCUGAUGGACAACUAUGCUGCCAGUUUCUCCCUGGUCAUCAUCUCCUGCAUCAUGUGCAUCUGCAUCAUGUAUAUUUAUGGCCACAGGAACUACUUCAAGGAUGUUGAGAUGAUGCUCGGCUUCCCUCCUCCACUGUUCUUCAAAGUCUGCUGGAGAUUCAUCUCCCCCGUCAUCAUCACUUUCAUCCUGAUCUUCACGGUGAUCCAGUACAAGCCCAUCACCUACAACGACUACGUGUACCCUGGCUGGUCCCUGGCCAUCGGCUUUGCCAUGGCGCUGUCCUCCGUGGUCUGCAUACCCAUCUACGGCCUCUUCAAGAUCUCAAGGUCCCCAGGAGCCACUUUCAGAGAGAGGUUGAAGGCCGCGUGCCAGGCGCAUCCAAAGUGGGGUCCGGCCCUGCGGGAGCACAGGACGGGCCGCUACGCGCCCAUGGCCUCCGAAGAGACCGCGGAGGCGCGCCCCUUCAAGGAGAAGGAGGAACUGAAGGAAGAGCAGAAGGAGGAGGAGAAAGAGAAGAAGGAGGAGAUCAGCCUCACCAUCCAGGGAAGCAACGGCUCCACCAACACACACAACAACCCCAACCCCAGCGCAUAGACGCGCCGCGUCUCCGCAUCAACACUACCCGGGCCGCCGCCCCUACCUUCUCCUCCCUCCCGUUUCCAUCCUUCUUCUCCAUCCCGCUUUCCCACAGCCCGCUGUGGGGGAGAUCCCAUUCGCUGGAGACCUUUACAUAUUGUAAGGGCUUAUUAUAUCUAUCCUAAUCUCUUCUAUCUGUCUGCGUGUUGUCUCUAGAUAAACGAAGAAAAAAAAAAAAAAAGAAAGGAAUCCAAAAAACACAUUGGUGUGUUUGUGUGUGUGCGUGAGUGACCACAUAAUAAUUUAAUAAUGCAGUUUGUUUUUCCUUUCCUUUUUUUUUUUUUGAUAAACUUGUAAAUGCCAUCUCCAUCAGCAGUAGAAGCUGCACGGUUCUCCUCUAGUCAGACGGCCGCCUCCGUGACGGCUAACUUGGUAGCGGCAGUGACUGGACAGCUGGAUGAGUUGUGGUUCGGAGGCUGUUUUGGAAGAGGGUCGAAUAUCUACCAUCCAUUUCUGGGCCUGAUGAUGCUAAAAAAGAAAAAAAGCCUCAUUGUGUGGCCAAACAUGGGUACGCCAAGUCCCGCUCUCACAGCACACGGUGACCUCAAACACAAGCUGAUCUCAGCUUCAAACUUAGCCUGUUUUUAUGCUGCUUUUUCUUUAUAUGAAAAAAGAAAGUUUUACAAAGCACAACAUCCUUGAAAUGUGCCACUAAAGGCUGAGGACACGUCCUCCAAUAGUUACCUUUAAGUUGCUCUGAGAGCCUGGCGAGGGAGGCGGGACUCCAUGGAUUUCAUUGAACUUCUUUUAUAUAUACUGUAUUUUUCGGACUAUAAGUCACUCUGGAGUCGCAACAGCCAAAGAAUCCAUAACAAAGAAAAAAAAUCCUAAAAACGUCAAAAUUUUGGAACACAUUUAUUUAACAAAAUAUGAAAACAAGAACAGACAUUUUAUUUUGAAAGCCAAAUCAUAAUAACAGAAUGACUAUAUUAGAGGUCUGCAACCUCCUUUUUUCAAGUAAGGGUUAAUAAAUUAGCAUUUACAUAAUUAGGAUAAGAUAAGUUUAUAAAUGUAUGGGUGAAGUGCACCUUGAAAAUAAACUAUUUUAAGGUUUUUACAUCCCUGAUGACUUGAAGAGGUCUUGUUUGUUCUUUGCUUCCUCCAGAUUUCCAAACUAAAGAAAACUUUGGUAGAAACUCUGAUUCUUUAUUAGUUUAAAGCACAUAUAUCUUAAUCUGUUCAGAGCUACGCUGUAAUUAAUCCUGUCUGGCACAAGAUGUCUUUUAUUUUGAAAGGAAAUCAUAUGAGCUUCUGUCAAACGUACAAAAUAAUUACACAUGAUGAGAAAAUGCAAGUUUCUUUUUUAUAUAUCUGUUUUUAUUCAUGCCACAGAAGAAACAUAAUUCAUAUUUAUUAUGGAAAAAUACAUUGUAAUAAACAGACAGCUGUAUCAAAAUAAGACUUUGUGGCUCCUACAAAGUUUGAUCUGUAGAAAACGAGCCCAAAUGGCUCUUUUACUGUUAAAGGUUGCAGACCCCUGGACUAUAUGUACGCGACACUACCAUAACUAUAUGUAGCCUCAUGAAACAUCAGAGGAUUCCAAUAUAUCAAGUUUUACUCAGAUGACUGUAUAAUUGGAUCGCCCCUGACAACGCGCGUUCAAUCGGACACUUCUAAUGAGAAGUCCAUGUAAAUGCGUGUAAAUCUGAGUUUCGGGAUUCUGCGUUUAAAACUCUCUUCUUCACACAUAGGUACGCAAGUUUCUACCACCGUUUUUGGGAUGUAUGUACAAAACAUCCAGGUUUUGUAGUCCAGGUUGAACUUUGACCCAUCAGGGACUUGGAUUUACUAGUGACGUAUGGAUAAUGACGAAUUAUACAACAGCAAGUCCUUCAUAUGUUGGAAUGGAACUAUAAAAGAAAAAGGCUGAAGAAAGAUUUGCGAAACUUCGACAUCUCACACUAAACGCCACCAUCUGUAGGUGGUGAAUUUGUGCUAGUAAAUAGUGGAAGAAGAAGAAGCCCAUCCCUGUUUGUCUAGUGUGAACACCACGAUGUGUCCAAAUUCCUUGACAACCCACUACAUAAUGAUCUGUAUAGUGUCCAAAUCUAAAGAUCACAAAUAUAGUACCCCAAAAAACUCUGCGAAAAAGCAGUGUGUAUCGAUGCUCACUAGAUUGGAGAAUAUAGACCACAAUGCAUUGCGUUUGAACAAUUUUUUGGUGAAAAAAAAAAAGUAUUUUCAUUCAUGUUUUUUUUAAUAAACCAUCCUAAGUUUUCAUCAUUGGAAAACAAUGGAUCCAUAAAUAGUUUUUGUUAACUUCUCGUACUUAUUAGGAUUGUACUUUGUAAAAUACUCUAGAUAGUAUAUUGUUUAUAGCUAGGCAGUGGGAGGGAAUUUGAACAUAGCCCAGGAGCUAAAAAAACACUAGACGCUUGCCCUAUGUUUCUGUAGCAUAAUACUGAACCGAACUUCUUCUUCUACAUUUCUGUCAGUAGCAAAAAUGGAUUUGAACACCUACAGUGCCCUCUAGUGGUUGUUGCUAUCACAUAUAAGUCGUAUCCCCGCCCAAAACUAUGCAAAAAAAAACACAUCUUAUACUCCGAAAAAUACAGUAUAUACGUAUUUUCCAGAAAAGGUCCCACUGUCCAUUUCUCAGGGUCCAAGUGAAGGUACACUUUGUGGUUCGUUGCCUGUGGAAACUGUGCCAACACCUGAAACCACCUGACUUUACUGGCUGUUGAGAAACGCCGCCCAAAGCAGGUGGAUGCAACUCACCUUACACAGAAGGCCAUUUCUUCUUAAGUCUUCCAGGCAUUGUUUGUUUCUGUUGACUAAAAUGUAUCUUAAGGUGUUUAUGAAGGACAGUCUGUGUUCAUUGUUGGUGUCUCCGGCGGGUUCAGGCAUCCAACUGAAAUGUUUCUGGUUACGUGUGUGUCAGACAUCCUGUUACCGUCAGGAACCUGUAAUGCAUAAAGAAACACUCGAUUUAAGCUCUGAGCCAAGUUGUCACCGACGGAGAGACAGACGGCAGAGGGAUGCUGCUCGUUUCCAGAAGAAAACGUGGAAAAAAAAAAAACUUGUAGUUUUAAACAUAGCUGCUUAUUAUUCUUCUCUCAGUAGACGUUUCCUUUUUACCUCUUAUUGUAAAGUACGAUAGUAAAUAAUAUUAAAAAUAGGAUGUUUAUUUUGUAUAAAAAGUAAAUCUAUAGAAUUAACUGUUUACAAUUCCUCAUCUGUGACUUGAUUUCUUGUUGUUUUUUGUUGGAGGGCAUUACUAUUAGAAAGUUACUGGUUCCAAGUGCAGUUUACCUAGUAACCACUAGGUGGCUUGAUGCACACAAACAAAGCAGCCCAUUCGCUUGAUUUUACAGCACAAACAAGAACAGACAUUUUUUUUUUUUUUAAAAAAAGGAUAUGGUUUUUCAACUUGCAUACUGUUGUCAUAGCUGGGAAAUAAUGGCUUGAAAUCUGCCCUAAAACCCAAGAGGUGACGUGAAUGCAUUCCAUUUUUUAACCUAUUGUGUACCAAAGCCUUGUAUAACAACUGGGUUUGGUUUCCCAAGAGUAUGUAUUUAAAUGUGGUGCAGAUUUGGUUCAUGGUGUCAUAAAAGCAGGACCAAGAAACUUGUAAGAGCACUUAGAACAUUUGAAUCUAAUACACAGAGUUUUUCUAUCAAAUAGGGUACUUCUGUAGUUAAGAGCAACGUCUUGCACAGCAGAAUUGAGCACAAAAACCGUAGACAUAAUGCUAAUGCUGCAAAUUCACCUUCAUGUCCGGCUAUGUCACAUAGGUUUAAGUUUGAGUAAAGCACAGCUCAGAUAUCUGUUAGGUAAAAUAGACUCAAAGCACUUAAUUUAGCAUGUAAUGUUAAUUUAUUGUAUUUUUUUUAAUUUGGAGAAUUAUGUUUUGGGGUGAAAACGCUGACUGGUUUAAUAUGCAAAUAGUGAAAUAAUAGUAAGAUCCUUUGACACGUGGUACACGGCUAACCUCCACAUGCUAGCUGCACUGCUGCUACUAUAAAGAUACCAAUUUAUCCCACUUCUAAAAAUAUAAUUUUGUGUCUUUCAUUGUAAAAAAUAUAGCAGAGGUGAUUUAAAUAUUUAGAAAUUUAUAUCUAACAUCAAAAAUUACAACCUACAGAUACCACUCUGUACUUUAACUUCUGGACAUGCUAUCAUGCUAAACUGCUUUAGCCGCUUACAGCUACACCACUACUCCUGAAAUAAAUUACCGUAAUUUCCGCACUAUAGGGCGAUUAUAAGGCACCAAAGUCUGUUUUCAAAUUUAUGUCAUAGAUAAUGCGCACAGAACUAUUACUGGCAGUAAGCCAGAAAAAAAAGUUAGAGAUAAGUUUGUCAGUCGUUCUUUAUUAUCUGCAUUUACAGUAACUCUAAAAGGUGUUUGUAGCACACUAACGCUAGCUGCGUUAGCGUUUUCACAUUACUUGAAACCCCCAAUUUUGCUUAAUACACGUAAAAAAAACCAGACUGAUACAGCUAAAACAAACGUUACGCUGACUAUGAUAGCUCCCAACCUUGUUAGUAAUGCAUAAAAAAGAGACGAAGUCUGAGAAUGCUACAUGCUAGCUGUGUUAGCGUAUCCUCUAUAAAAUCCAAAUGCAUUUUUUAAAUAAAACCCAAAUACCACUAAAACUAAAGUUACUAUGCUAACUCCCAACUUCAUUAGCAAGAGGUUAAAUAAAAACAAAGCCUGAAACCGCUAAUUGUUAGCCACGUUAGCAUAUUCGCAAUACCUCCCAACCUCGUUUGCCACACGUAAAAAUAAGCUUAAACUAUAAUUUAUGACUGAAUAUUCAGCUACGGUGCACCUUCUUUACCUCAAAAUGCACCAGAUAAGUAGUAGACCCAUUACAUCUUAAGUUCAAUUUUAAACUUUUUUUUUUUUUUUUAAACCUGAUUUUAUGCAUUUAAGCUGACUGUAGCUGUAUAGCUAUUGCUCAAAAUUCCAUCAUGCCUGAUGAGGCAAUCAGAUGCUUUGACAAAAUCCUAAAACUAUAAUUUGCUGUUAAAGAAGCACCAACUAUAAGGCCAUAGAAAUCAGUUGUGGGAUCACAUGUAUGUAAGUAACAAUUUAUUCUAUAAACUUAAUUUAAUGAACAACCCAAAAUAAAUCAAAGAGAAGAACUAAGAUUAAAAUCUUGAGAUAUCUGAACUCAUAUCUGAACUUGCUUUUAUCAGACUUAUCCUUAUUUUUCCCGUAGUGGACAGAAAAAUGUGAUCUUCUUGUAUAAGUUU